UGUACUAACUGAACACCUUACAUUUGUAUUUCAUCAGCCAGUUUGUUGAGAAGAAAGAUAACUUUCUCAGUACUAUAAACAAGCCGGGCAGCAGUGUGGAGCUAUUUAAGAACAAAUCAACUCAGGAGUAGAGCAGUCGAUUGUUAUAGCUAAAUCAAUACAGGGUAACAUUGCCUGUACUCAGUAAAACCUAACCAUGGAAGACAAACAAAGCAUGAAAUCGAAGAAGAAGGGCUCAGCUGGAGGGGAUGGAGCCAACCCUGCUCGGCUGGAACCUCCGCCAGAGUUCAUUGCACACAGAGAACAACUGUGGGCCAAACUAAAGAAGGAGCAUGAGGAUUGGGUGGCAGCUCAAACUCCCCAGCCAAUCAAAAUCACUCUACCUGAUGGCAAGGUUGUUGAGGGAGAGUCAUGGAGAACUUCACCGUAUGAUGUUGCCAAGGGAAUCAGCCAGGGUCUUGCAGACAACACUGUGAUAGCUAAAGUAAACGGAGAAUUGUGGGAUCUCGACCGGCCACUGGAGAAGGAUGCAUCUCUGCAGUUACUCAAGUUUGAUGACCCAGAUGGUCAGUAUGUUUUCUGGCACUCCAGUGCUCACAUUCUGGGCGAGGCCAUGGAGUGCCACUAUGGCGGCCAUCUUUGUUACGGCCCACCUGUAGAGAACGGCUUCUACUAUGACAUGUUCCUGGAGGACAGACAAGUAUCCAGCAAUGACUUUCCCUGUCUUGAGGGCGUCGUCAAGCAGGUUGUCAAGGAAAAGCAGCCCUUUGAGAGGCUAGAAAUGAAGAAAGAAGAUCUCCUGAAGAUGUUUGAUUAUAACAAAUUCAAGCAGAGGAUUCUCAAUGAAAGAGUAACCACCCCUACCACCACUGUAUAUAAAUGCGGCCCUUUAAUUGAUUUAUGUCGUGGGCCUCAUGUACGACAUACUGGCAAGGUCAAGGCCAUGAAGAUAACCAAGAAUUCCUCCACCUACUGGGAAGGGAAGGCAGAUGCGGAGUCUCUACAGAGGAUCUACGGCAUCUCGUUCCCCGACAACAAACAGCUGAAGGAGUGGGAACACUUCCAGGCAGAGGCAGCCAAGAGGGACCACCGCAAAAUUGGAAAGGAACAAGAGUUAUUUUUCUUCCAUGAACUGAGCCCUGGAAGCUGUUUCUUUUUACCCAAAGGAGCUUUCAUAUAUAACACACUAGUAGAUUUUAUCAAGUCGGAGUACUUAAAGAGAGGUUUCCAGGAAGUGGUGUCACCCAACAUUUACAACAGCAAGUUAUGGGAGGUGUCUGGUCACUGGCAGCAUUAUGCUGAAAAUAUGUUCUCAUUUGAAGUUGAAAAGGAAACCUUUGCCUUGAAGCCAAUGAACUGCCCUGGCCAUUGUUUGAUGUUCGACCAUCGAAACCGGUCAUGGCGAGAGCUCCCACUCAGAAUGGCAGACUUUGGCGUCCUCCAUCGUAAUGAGUUGUCCGGAGCACUGUCCGGGCUGACCAGAGUGAGGCGGUUCCAGCAGGAUGAUGCCCACAUCUUCUGCAGAUUUGACCAGAUCAAGGAUGAGAUCCAGGGCUGCCUGGAGUUCCUGAAGCAUGUGUAUGGAGUGUUUGGGUUCAGCUUCCAGCUGAAGCUGUCCACCAGGCCGGAGAAGUUCCUUGGAGACAUCGAAGUCUGGAAUGAUGCUGAGAAGCAACUGUCUGAGAGUUUAAGCAAGUUCACUGACAAGUGGGAACUCAACCCUGGUGAUGGCGCCUUCUAUGGUCCCAAGAUCGACAUCACCAUCCUGGACGCCCUCCGUAGAGCCCACCAGUGUGCCACCAUCCAGCUGGACUUCCAGCUGCCGAACAGGUUCAACCUGGGAUACAUCAACGAGCAAGGAGAGAAAGACAAGCCUGUCAUAAUCCACCGUGCCAUCCUUGGAUCUGUGGAGAGAAUGAUUGCCAUCUUGUGUGAGAACUACGGUGGAAAAUGGCCCUUCUGGCUUUCCCCUCGCCAGUCUUGUGUCAUUCCUGUUGCACCUGCCUUCGAUGAAUACGCAAACGAGGUGAGGAGACAGAUUCACUCGGCUGGGUUUGUGUGUGAGACCGAUCUGGACACCGGAGCUACUCUCAACAAGAAAGUCAGGAAUGCUCAGCUGAGCCAGUACAACUUCAUCUUUGUUGUUGGUGAGAAGGAGAAAGAGAACAAGACUGUCAACGUGCGUACCCGAGACAACAAGGUUCACGGUGAACACGGCAUUGACCAUGUGAUCUCAAGGUUCACCCACUUCAAGACCAGCCGAUCCCCCGAUGCUGAGGAGACCUUCUAGACUCCACAAAUACAGCAGCACUGCUCUGUGCCCAAGGCAGAACAGUGACACUGUCCUGUGAACACUUCCAGUGAAUGUGAAAACUCAGAUAUAUUUGUUUCACUUGGGUAAAUUAUUUGCAGAUAACAGUGUUGUGUAAAGGAUAUGAUGUCACAUUGAAAUUAAACUCCAUUCAUGAAUGAUGAAUAGGACUGUAUUCUCUGUGUGAUGGGGACUUCAGGCAGUAAUACUACUGUAGACUUAGGUUCGUGUUUUCGUUCCUAGAUAUAGUUAUCACAAGGUUAUGAAGCACUCUAGUCUUACAUCUUUUGUAGAAAACCUCAUUGCCCAGUUGUAGAGAUAGAUGUGAUUAUUUCCAUAUUGAUCUUAUUUAUUUUCAUGACUCUUGUUCAUCUUUGUUAUUACCGAUACAUACUUUUAUGUAGAAUCGACAUCUACAACUUUUGUCUGGAAUGCAGAACAUUCUGUGAUAUGGAUCUUUCUGUUCAUUACGUUCAUAUCUAAACAUUUAGUUGACAUUUGACAGGUUGAGAACACCAAUAAUUGUACAAAAUAAAUUAUAAAGAUUCAUAAAGAUGUACUUGAAACGAUAUAACAGCUUAUGUUAACACAGGAUAGUACUGAAGUAAUCACAUUCAUGGUAAUUCCGAUAUGACCAUUGUUCCACUGUCAUAUCUUAUCUUCAGCCAGUUUUCUUCUUUGAGCGGAUGAGAUAGCCUAGUGGUUAAGGCCAUGUCACCCAACACCUAGGUUUGAUUCCUUACAUGAGUGGGGAGGUCGGGUAGCCUAGUGGUUAAGGCCAUGUCACCCAACACCUAGGUUUGAUUCCUUAAAUGAGUGGGCAGGUCGGGUAGCCUAGUGGUUAAGGCCAUGUCACCCAACACCUAGGUUUGAUUCCUUACAUGAGUGGGGAGGUCGGGAACCUAGUGGUUAAGCAUUCGCUCGUCAGACCAGGGUUUGAUUCCCGACAUGGGUACAAUGUGUGAAGCCCUUUUUCUGGUGCCCCCCACCGUGAUAUUGCUGGAAUUUUGCUAAAAGCAACGUAAAACCAUACUCACUCACUAACCUUCCAUGAGUAAAAUGUUUGAAGCCAAUUAUUCGUUUCUCCUCGCCAUGAUAUAGUUUGAAGUAUCACAAAGGUGGCACAAAAUAUUCACUACAAUGCCUGACCAAGACACUUGUUCCACAGUCUUCUGGAUGUAGUUUUUUCUCACGUCAUUGGUCACAUACGGUCACUUUGCCAAAUGAAAGUACAGAGUGAAACAAUAUAUGGCAACCAUUCAACCAGAAUAUUACCUGUAUCACACCUUGACACUUUCAUUUUGUUACAUGACAACCAUGCAUGAAUGCUUGUGAUAUGACUAGGGAAAUUGUGUGUAUUCUUAUCAGUGUGUACGGAGCAUAGCCACAAACGGAGGGCUAUAUGGGAAUCAAUGUGUAUGUGUGCUGUUAAAUUCAGCUAUAUAUGGUAUUACUUUGGAUUUGAAACUGUAGUAGCCGUGGUCAGAUGUUCUGAAGCAUGUAACUAACAGGAGGAACAUUUGGAUUAGCAUCUAGUGUACACUUAACGCUGUAAAGAUCAAGAAUAAUUGUGAGAAAUAUUAGACCCACACCCAGAAUGGGCCAUUUUGUGCAGAGCACAUGAUUCAGAUUCUGUGUACAUACUACAGAUAGAACUCUGCCUCUGAUUGAUUCAUCAAGUAGUUCCUUUGUUUCUUGCAAUAGCGGGUAAGUAGCAUAGUCCAGUGGUUAAAGCGUUCGCUUGUCACGCGGAAGACCUGUUUUCGAUUUCCUGGAUGGGAAUGUGUAAAGCACAUUCCUGGUGUUUUCCACGUUAAUAUUGCUGGAAUAUUGCUGAAAGCAGUGUAAAACCGUACUAAUUGCUAUAGCUGACGCACAAUGUGUGACAGCAGCAAUACGAUGUUAGAAUCGUAUUGUAUCCAACAAUUUCACACAGGCAAGUUGUUUCUUGUACAUUAUGUUUGCUGGGUGAUAAGGGACAAAGGGAAAAGUGAUAACAUGAACUAACAACAGUAGGUGCGAGAUAAACACAGCUCAACCAGUAGGCACGGUGAGCCAGGGCUCUGUUCCUCCAGCACUGUGAGCCAGGGCUCUGUUCCUCCAGCACUGUGUGCCAGGGCUCUGUUCCUCCAGUACUGUGUGCCAGGGCUCUGUUCCUCCAGCUCUGUGAGCCGGGGCUCUGUUCCUCCAGCUCUGUGUGCCAGGGCUCUGUUCCUCCAGCACUGUGUGCCAGGGCUCUGUUCCUCCAGCUCUGUGAGCCGGGGCUCUGUUCCUCCAGCUCUGUGAGCCGGGGCUCUGUUCCUCCAGCACUGUGAGCCAGGGCUCUGUUCCUCCAGCUCUGAGAGCCGGGGCUCUGUUCCUCCAGCUCUGUGUGCCAGGGCUCUGUUCCUCCAGCUCUGUGUGCCAGGGCUCUGUUCCUCCAGCUCUGUGAGCCGGGGCUCUGUUCCUCCAGCUCUGUGUGCCAGGGCUCUGUUCCUCCAGCACGGUGAGCCAGGGCUCUGUUCCUCCAGCACGGUGAGCCGGGGCUCUGUUCCUCCAGCACUGUGAGCCAGGGCUCUGUUCCUCCAGCACGGUGAGCCGGGGCUCUGUUCCUCCAGCACUGUGAGCCGGGGCUCUGUUCCUCCAGCUCUGUGAGCCGGGGCUCUGUUCCUCCAGCACGGUGAGCCGGGGCUCUGUUCCUCCAGCUCUGUGAGCCAGGGCUCUGUUCCUCCAGCUCUGUGUGCCAGGGCUCUGUUCCUCCAGCACGGUGAGCCAGGGCUCUGUUCCUCCAGCACGGUGAGCCAGGGCUCUGUUCCUCCAGCUCUGUGAGCCAGGGCUCUGUUCCUCCAGCACUGUGAGCCAGGGCUCUGUUCCUCCAACACUGUGUAGAACAAACUAUAUAGAUAAAGGAGGGUGGGGGCCUGUGCUAUUCCUUCAAUAUUGUAGUGAGAUGUGGUGAACUCUUUACCAUCUUGCAAUUGGUAUGCUCAAAUAAAAUGUUGUUCUUUAA